GCGCCGCCUCGGGCUGCAGCCGCUCGGGCAGCGGAGGGAGCGCGGAGCCGCGGGAGGGGCCGCCGUCAGCCCGCGGGGGAGGCGCGGAAACUUUGCUCGCGGCCCGAGCCCCGGGAGGCCUCGCGGAGCGGAGAGCGGAGCGGAGGUCCCGGAGGUCCCGGCGGGGAGGGCGCCCGGCUCUCCGCGCCCCUGCCCGGCCCGGCCCGGCGUCCGACGAAGGUCUGUGAUUCCGUCGGACACACCGAGGAGAGCGGGGGAAGGAGGACGCGGCUGCCGCUGCGGGAUCGGAACCGCCCCGUCCGACGCCUGUCCCCGUCCCGGCCCACGCAGCCCGGUACAUCGUGUGCUUGAAGUGAGCUGUCCGCCGACCCUCAUCAUGAACCGUGCUUUUAGCAGAAAGAAAGACAAAACAUGGAUGCAUACGCCUGAAGCUUUAUCAAAACACUACAUUCCCUACAACGCCAAGUUUCUCGGCAGCACCGAGGUGGAGCAGCCCAAAGGCACCGAGGUCGUCCGGGACGCCGUGAGGAAGCUGAAGUUUGCAAGACAUAUCAAGAAAUCCGAAGGCCAGAAAAUUCCGAAAGUUGAGUUGCAAAUAUCGAUUUAUGGAGUGAAAAUUCUAGAACCCAAAACCAAGGAAGUCCAGCACAACUGCCAGCUGCACCGAAUAUCGUUCUGCGCCGACGAUAAGACGGACAAGAGGAUCUUCACCUUCAUCUGCAAAGACUCUGAGUCCAGCAGGCACCUGUGCUAUGUGUUCGACAGCGAGAAGUGUGCGGAGGAAAUCACUCUAACCAUCGGCCAAGCAUUUAACCUGGCAUACAGGAAAUUUCUAGAAUCUGGAGGCAAGGAUGUGGAAACGAGAAAACAGAUCGCAGGGCUCCAGAAAAGAAGCAGCAGCAGCAGCAGAGGCUGGAUUCAAGACUUGGAAACAGAAAACGUGGAGCUUAGAAACAAAGUUCAGGAUUUGGAAAACCGGUUGCGAAUAACCCAGGUGUCAGCCUCUCCGGCCGGCAGCCUCUCGCCUCAGUCGCCCUCCACGGACAUCUUCGACAUGGUUCCCUUUUCGCCCACCUCCCACCCGCCGCCGGUGCCCACGCCCAACGGCACGCAGCCGCCCCCGGUCCCUGGCAGAGCUGCCGAGAUCAAACGAGACCUGUUCGGAGCAGAGCCCUUUGACCCGUUCAGCUGUGCAGCGGGAGACUUCCCUCCAGACAUUCAAUCGAAACUGGAUGAAAUGCAGGAGGGGUUCAAAAUGGGACUAACUCUUGAAGGCACGGUAUUUUGUCUGGACCCCGUAGACAGCAAGUGCUGAUGUCAAGAAAAGGGUGCCUGGUUCAUGUUAAAUUUGUUUGCUCUGCACACACGUCUGUGAUUACUUUAUGACAGGUCUUAUCCGUGUGCCAAUAUAUUUUUUAAUAUCUUCACUUUCUGAAAAGUAUUUCAGUAAAAUUUCCUCAUACCUUCACUAUUGAUCUGUAACCUUUUAUUUUAAACACAGCUCACUGUAAAGUCUUCUUUUAUGUUCCUUUCUGUUUCUGUUGUAAAAGGAUUUAUAAUCAAAGGACGAGGGAUCCAAAUAUCUCUCUUGUGCUUGAGCUCCACAGCGUUUGCACCUUGAAAUCUGUGUUCGUACGCCAGGCUGCUAGUUGAGUGCUGAUUUCCCAAAAGCCAUACCUUCAUGAAACCUUCGAAAGUCCUAACGAGAUACACCAACGCCAACCUGAAUGCUAUAUUCAAACUAAUAACCAUGUUACCCGAUGUCAUUUUAUGUAUGAAGUGUUGUUUCCUAUCUUUGAGAAAAUGUAAACUUUGAAUAUAACGCCACCAGGUCACUUUUGGUAGGUGAAAUAACAAAACUAUAAAUGCCUGUUAUAAUUAAACCAAAUGUGUUUAGAGUAUUAGUAAAUGCAAGGUAAUAACGUUGACCAUUAUCGUCAGUUAGUCUCUACAUACUUUAUUUCAUGAAUAAAUAUUGUGGGGAAAUUUUAAAUUUCCUUUUUAGCCAACACUUAAAGUUUAAGUUCUUAUGAGAUAAGUUACGUUACUAAACACGUAGACAUCCUCCGAUCUCAUGUUUCCUGAAAAAGCAUUUGGCAUGCUUGCCGUCUAUAGCUGCACUGUCUGUUACUCGUAUUUAUUUUACCAAAUAUAUUUUUGUCUCAAAAUAUUGUGAUGGCUCAUUAGUUUUGAUACUGUAAAAUCUAUAGAAACCACUCUUCAUGAAUCAUCAAUAUUACUUAGCAAAUUUUUUGUUGUUGACGUUAGAAUCUCAUUUUUUUUUUUU